ACUCCUCCUAUUGUGGAGAGCCGGAACCUCAGUGUUACACUGAAGUCAGGCCCAGAACUGGAUUGGCGCCUGCCUCCAGGUUCGGGGCUGGGAUAGGAGUUGGGAUCAGGUUCUGGUUUGGGCUGAGCUUCAGAACAGCUGUGACCAGCUGGAAGAGGUGGUGAAAACUUCUCCCGUGACUCCUGCGGCUUUCAGACUCUCUCUGCCCCGACUCAUUUUAUUCACAACUGAGUAGGCUCAGAGUCUCAGUUUCCAGAAAGAAUGUGUCAGGAUACCUUGCCCCACCCCAUUAAAACAACACUAUUGGUCUCUGUGAAUUAUAUUCUAUGGUUCAAAGGCCUUUGGGAAUACCCGAUCCCAUCUGAUCCUCACAUGCUCUCAGGGAUGAGAGAUUCAAACAUUCCAACUGAAGAAAAAAUGUUCCAACUUCCCCCAGGUUACUGAGCUGCGUGCUGAAGCCAGAUACUAAACACCUUGCUUUAGUGGUUUAGCUGCUUUUCUUGUUUCUGUAUUAAUACGAAAUGAUUAAACAGAGGCCUGGCCAUGGUAUUAAGAUGGGGUUCUACUGAGGUGAGUGCACUGUGUUCUGGCUUUGAAAGCUGCCGGGUACAAUCAGGGGUUAGGGCACUGAGCCAGACUUGACUUAGUGGGGAGAGAGGAUGACUGAUGAAGAGUUUGGCAAACCAGGCAUUUUCCUGGUUCUUUGGGACCUGCUUGGGCUCAUGUGUGCUCACAUACCCUGCCCUUGAUGCCCUGCCUCUUCUCGUAUCCAGAGUGAUACACAAAACAAUCUCACAGCGAAGCCCUUUGGCUGACCUGUCACAUACCAGCCUUGAAUUUUGAUUUCCACCGGUGUAUGCUGGGGGUGUUGGAAGUGGCGUAAAACCUCUGCUAGGUUCCAGGGCCUGCCAGCUCACCAGGGAAAAACCCACACGAUGCUUGGUCUGUUGGCCCUCUUCUGUAAUCCCAGCACUUGGGAGGCUAAAGCAGGAAGAUUGUUGUGAGUUCAAGAUCUGCCUGGGGGCUCUACGUGAAACCAUUUCAAAACAAACCAAAAAGGCAGCGUGGGUGGAGGAGACCUUGGAGCGUCCGUUCCUAUUCCUGAGAUGUCUCUGCCCAGGAUGCAUUUCCAAAGCCAUUGUUGCUGCAUCUGUUCCUGGGUCUCUUUUGACAACCCUGUUUUCACUGUUUUCUGAUUGGUGGCCCAUUGGUAGAGCUGGAAUACCAGUGGGAUAGAGUAAGAGGUUCUGGCCGGGGACCCAAGCAGUCUCCCUACAGAUGCCUGGCCCCUCUUUGCCUUGGGGUGGUCUUAAUGACAUCUGACGUUUCCUCCCAGAGCCUGAACUAGAGUCAGGAAGUACAGAAGGUAGGUUCCUGGAGCCGGUUGGUCGGGAUUCCCAAGAAUUCCAGGCUGGAAAUGAGGGGAAAUGCUCACCUCCAACUGCCAAGAUGCUCUCAGUGAAAGAGGGGAAACCACGUAGCCUGGAGAGGACACCCCGCCCACUCAGACCUAAACCUUACCUAAACUUCCCAGCUGGGAGGGGAAACAAGAUUAUUCCUCUUUUGACCACCUUAAUCUCAAACUUAGGAGACAGGAAAAACUAGGGGACACUCAUUCUGGGGGCUGUGGAGCAGCUGGAUGGAGAGACGGACGGGGGUGCAGUAUGCUUUGGGAUGUGAGAAGAUCUGGUAGAGCUGGCUGGUCAGGGACGGGCAGGUGGAGCCAGUUUGAGGGCCUGACCGCUGAUGUCAUCUGUCUGCACCCUGGGGUACUGGGAUCUUCCUGGCAAAAAUGAGUUCCUGGCUCAGAGACCCGUUCCACAAGGCCAAGCCUGGUGGGUACUACAAGAGAGCUUGGCAGCAGGAGCCUCAGUAAGCGCCUCCAGCUUGGAAAUAAAUCUGCCCUACAGGGCUGUGCGUGGAAGAGGAUCCCCCUUCACGACUGCUCUCUGAACACGCAGUGUGGCAAGAUUCUCACCUCAGCCCCAGGUCUGACAGGACUUGGCCCGACCCCCCUCCUUAGCAUGAUCUCAGUUCCUAGAAAGGAGAAAGUCCCGCCCCUACUUGGGGACAGCCCCCAGAGACUGGCCUCUUGACCGCCGACGAGGGAUGAAGCAACCACACUACCCCUUUUCCCAGAAGCUCAGCCCCGCCCACCCUCCCCUCAUAAACCACCUACCCGGCCCGCCCUACACCUUCCACUCGCGUGGCUGCGUCCAGCCUGUUGGUCCCGUCCCAUACGCCUGUCCUGCUCCACCCCGGCCCGGGACCCAGUGGUGCCAUCACCAGCACCGCUGCCAGGCACAAUGGAAGGUCCUCGCUCAGACGUGGGCCGCUGGGGUGGGAACCCCUGGCAGCCCCCUACCACGCCGUCGCCAGAGCCAGAGCCAGAGCCAGACAGACGCUCGCGUUCCCGCCGAGGAGGAGGCCGCUCCUUCUGGGCUCGCUGCUGCAGCUGUUGUUCCUGCGGGAACAGAGCUGAUGAUGACUGGGGGCCUGAGCCUUCUGGCUCCAGAAGCCGGGGGUCCAGCUCUCGGGGUGGCCGGAGACCUGAGUCUCGGGGCAGCGCUGUGAACGCAGCUGGAGAUGGCACCAUCCGAGAGGGAAUGCUGGUUGUGACUGGCGUGGAUCUGCUGUGCUCACGCUCAGACCAGAACCGCCGAGAGCACCACACGGAUGAGUUUGAGUAUGAUGAGCUGAUUGUGCGCCGUGGGCAGCCCUUCCACAUGGUCCUCAUCCUGAACCGAGAAUACGAGUCCUCUGAUCGCAUUGCUCUGGAGCUGCUCAUUGGAAACAGUCCCGAGGUGGGCAAGGGUACCCACGUGAUCAUCCCGGUGGGCAAGGGGGGCAGCGAUGGCUGGAAGGCCCAAGUGACCAAGGCCAGUGGACACAACCUCAACCUCCGCGUCCACACCUCCCCUAAUGCCAUCAUCGGCAAAUUUCAAUUCACUGUCCGCACACGCUCAGAAGCUGGAGAGUUCCAGUUGCCCUUCGACCCUCGCAAUGAGAUCUACAUCCUUUUCAACCCCUGGUGCCCAGAGGACUUGGUGUACGUGGACCAUGAAGACUGGAGGCAAGAAUAUGUGCUUAACGAGUCUGGACGAAUCUACUAUGGAACAGAAGCACAGAUUGGUGAACGGACCUGGAAUUAUGGCCAGUUUGAUCAUGGGGUGCUGGAUGCCUGUCUGUACAUCCUGGAUCGGAGAGGGAUGCCCUAUGGAGGUCGUGGGGACCCAGUCAGCGUCUGCCGGGUCAUCUCUGCCAUGGUGAACUCCCUGGAUGACAAUGGAGUCCUGAUUGGGAACUGGACUGGCGAUUACUCUCGAGGCACCAACCCCUCAGCGUGGGUGGGCAGCGUGGAGAUCCUGCUUAGCUACCUGCGCACCGGCUAUUCUGUCCCCUAUGGCCAAUGCUGGGUCUUUGCUGGUGUUACCACCACAGUGCUGCGAUGCCUGGGCCUUGCCACCCGAACUGUCACCAACUUCAACUCUGCCCACGACACAGACACAUCCCUCACUAUGGACAUCUACUUUGAUGAAAACAUGAAGCCCCUUGAGCAUCUGAACCAUGAUUCUGUUUGGAACUUCCACGUGUGGAAUGACUGCUGGAUGAAGAGGCCAGACCUGCCCUCAGGCUUUGAUGGGUGGCAGGUUGUGGAUGCCACACCCCAGGAGACCAGCAGUGGCAUCUUCUGCUGUGGCCCCUGCUCUGUGGAGUCCAUCAAGAACGGCUUAGUCUACAUGAAGUAUGACACACCCUUCAUUUUUGCUGAGGUGAAUAGUGACAAGGUAUACUGGCAGCGGCAGGACGAUGGCAGCUUCAAGAUCGUGUAUGUGGAGGAAAAAGCCAUCGGCACACUCAUUGUCACAAAGGCUAUCAGCUCCAACAUGCGCGAGGACAUCACCCACACCUAUAAGCACCCAGAAGGCUCAGAAGCAGAGCGGAGAGCUGUGGAGAAGGCUGCUGCCCAUGGCAGCAAACCCAAUGUGUACGCCACCCGGGACUCUGCUGAGGACGUGGCCAUGCAGGUGGAGGCCCAGGACGCUGUGAUGGGACAGGAUCUGACAGUCUCUGUGGUGCUGACCAAUCGUGGCAGUAGCCGCCGCACUGUGAAGCUACACCUCUACCUCUCUGUCACCUACUACACUGGUGUCACUGGGUCUACCUUCAAGGAGACCAAGAAGGAAGUGGCACUGGCCCCAGGAGCCUCGGACUCUGUGACCAUGCCUGUGGCCUACAAGGAAUACAGGCCCCACCUUGUGGACCAGGGGGCAAUGCUGCUCAAUGUCUCAGGCCAUGUCAAGGAGAGUGGGCAGGUACUAGCCAAGCAGCACACCUUCCGUUUGCGCACCCCAGACCUCUCUCUUACGUUACUGGGAGCAGCAGUAGUUGGCCAGGAAUGUGAAGUACAGAUCGUGUUCAAGAACCCCCUGCCCGUCACCCUCACCAACGUUGUCUUCCGGCUCGAAGGUUCUGGGUUACAGAGACCCAAGGUCCUCAACGUUGGGGACAUCGGGGGUAAUGAGACAGUCACGCUGCGCCAGACAUUUGUGCCUGUGCGACCAGGCCCCCGCCAGCUCAUUGCCAGCCUGGACAGCCCACAGCUCUCCCAAGUACAUGGUGUCAUCCAAGUGGACGUGGCCCCAGCCUCUGGAGGUGGAGUUUUCUCAGAUGCUGGAGGUGACAGUCGCUUGGAGGAAAGCAUACCUAUGGCGUCUCGAGGUGGAGCUUAGCCCCGGGCCAGGAGCAAUGAGACUGGAAUCAGAUGAAUAAGGACAUUGCCCCAACAUGGGGGACCACCACAAAGUAGCUCCCCAGGCUCAGGCAGGAAGGCUGGGCACCUGGGGAGGCAGUGGAUCUUCACCUGUGCUGAUAAUAAACUGUUUGUUUUUUUUUUUUAAAUGAAGAUGCUAUUUAGUAUACCUACCUGUCAAUCUAGGCCAAGAAGUAUGGAAUCACACUGUGCCGGAGAUUUACAUGGCAUUUUUUGAAGCCCUGGUUCACAACUGUGGCCGGAAGGUAAUAGUGCUAUGUCAGCCACUCUUGAGAUAAACUUGCUUAGUGUCAUGGCCACCACACCUCGCCCAAACUGUAUUUGCAAAUAUUCUUGAAUAAAUUGGGCCUAAGAGCACAGGCCUGUGACCCCAGUUCCUUGGGAAUUAGGAGGAGCUAAAGUUUAAGAGCUGCCUGAGUGACAGCGUGAGUUCAAGGUCAGCCUAGGUAACUUAGGGAGACCCUGUCCCAUCAAAAGUGAAGAGUACUGGGAAUAUAGCUCGGGAAUACGGGCACAGAAUUUGCCGGGUAGGCUCAAAACCCCUGUGCUAGAAAAAGAUCUUGUAGAAUUUUUAUAGAAGUGAUUAUGUUCAUUGUUGAGAGUUAACCAAUGACAGGGCCAGCAGGGUGGGUCCGUAGGGGAAGAUGCUGUUCUCAAGACUGACGACGACCUAAGUUCCAUCCCAGGACCCGCCGGGUAGAAGGAGGGAGCCCGUUCCAGGUCCCACGAGUCGUCCUCUGACCCCACAUAUGCGCCACAUGGCAGCAUUCAGAAGCCUGAGGCAGGAGAAUCGUGAGCUUGGGCUACACGUCAAGAUCCUACCUCAAAAAAGCCAGCAAGCAGCCAAGCAUGAUGUUCAAUCCCAGUUCAAGUACACGUUCAGUUCCAGUGCUUCAGGAGACAGAGGCAGGUAGAUUUCUGAGGCCAGCCUGGUCUACACAGUAAGUUGCAGAGCAGCAAGAGAUACAUAGUAGAAACCCUGUCUCAAAAACAAACAAAAACA